AUGGCUUCCAACGAAUCUCCCGCUGCUCCCCAUGAGCCCCCCUACACAUACCUCCCCAACCAGGGCUACGAGCAGACCGAGUCUAUCCCUGUCGAGCUGAGAACCGUGGCCAACGAUGCUUCUGCCCACGUCCAACACGACGACGAAGCCGAGGAUGACGGUGAUCUCGAGGACAUUUUUGGCGAGGACGAGGAUAUCGAUGACGAGGAAUGGAGCGCCGACUCUGGCAACUUGACCAAGUCUUACAACCGCCAGCGCAUGUUCAACUCCAAUGAUGCCGCUCUUCCGCGCUCCAAUGCCCAAAGGCCGACCUCAAACACCAAGGCGAGCGUCGACGAUCAAAUCACUGCCCUCUCCAAGCAUGCUGCCAAGAUCCGCCUGGACGGCGUCAAGGAGAAUGACGAGAAGAGCAAGGACAAGGCGGACCGCGCAACGAGCGAGCAGGUGUUGGACCAGCGCACGCGCAUGAUCCUGCUCCAGAUGAUCAAUCGUGGCAUCGUCAGCGAGAUCCACGGCGCCAUCAGCACCGGCAAGGAGGCCAACGUUUACCACGCCAUCUUGCAUCCUGAGGGUGACGGCCCCAACAUCCAGCGGGCCAUCAAGGUGUACAAGACUUCGAUCCUGGUCUUCAAGGACCGCGAGCGCUACAUCACGGGCGAACACCGCUUCCAGAAGGGUUUCGACAAAAGCAGCAACAGGAAAAUGGUCAAGCUGUGGGCCGAGAAGGAGUUCCGCAACCUCAGGAGAAUACAUGCCGCCGGCAUCCCGUGCCCAGAGCCCAUCAGCCUGAAGCUGCACGUCCUGGCCAUGGGCUUCCUCGGCGACAAGAAAGGCUGGGCCUACCCCCGGCUGCGAGACGCCAACCUCACUGGCGACGAUGUGGAUCAGCAGUGGAGGAACCUGUACGUCCAGCUUUUGGGUCUCAUGCGCCGGAUAUACCAGGUCUGCCGCCUGGUCCACGCCGACCUGAGCGAGUACAACAUCCUGUACAACGACAAAAAACUGUACAUCAUCGAUGUCUCCCAGAGCGUCGAGCCUGACCAUCCCCGCGCGUUGGAGUUCCUGCGCAUGGAUAUCAAGAACGUCGGGGACUUCUUCAGGAGGAAGGGUGUCGACACGCUCAGUGACCGUGCCAUCUUCGACUUUGUUUCGGCGACCGAGGGUCCGGUCGAGGAGCCCGCUCUAGUGGAAGCACUUGAGAAGCUGUAUGAGACUAGACCUGCCGACAAUGAGGAGGCCGCCGCCGAGCAGGAGGUAGAUAACGAGGUCUUCCGAAAGCAGUACAUCCCGCAGACCCUCGAACAGGUCUACGACAUCGAGAAGGAUGCCGCGAAGAUUGGACAGGGUGAGGGCGACAAGCUUGUCUACAAGAACCUUCUAGCCGACACUGUCGUAAAGGAGGGCGAGGACCAGGAGGAGGAGAGCGAGUCUUCCGAGGACGAGUCGGGCAGUGGGGCGUCCUUGGCCAGCGGUGAUGAAGACGAGUCCAAGUUUGACAAGGCCCGGCCUAGAGGACGUAAGCAUGAAGACAAGGAGGAGAAGAAGCAACACAAAAUGGCCGUCAAGGAGGCCAAGCGCGAAAAGCGCAAAGAGAAGAUCCCCAAGAGCGUCAAGAAGAAGCUGGUGUCUGCUUCAUCUAGGAAGAAGCACUAA